UUCAAUUAUUUCAAAUUGCCUUGCCCAUUCGAAAUUAGGGCUUAAGGUUUCGACAUUCAGCUGAGCAAGAUGAAGUCUCCAUUUAGAAAUCCUCCAUCCAUUCCACCUAUUUUUCUCCGUUGUUUCCCAAGCCCCAAAUGCCUUUGCUCUACGCCUCAACCACCAACUUCUCCUGAGAAAAUCCCCUCUGAUUCGCACUUUACCAGAAAACCCUUCUCAGAUUCCGAUUGCCCCAUUUCCAGUUCCAAUGAACCCCACCUGACAUCAUUCUCCACACAAGACGCCAGCUUGACCCAAUCACAUGUCAUAAACACUCUUCUCAGCCACAAAGACGAUCCCCCAUCGGCUUUGAAGUACUACCGUUCCAUCAAAAAGAAACGGGAUUUUGUCCAAAGCAUCGAUGCCUUUUGUGUUCUGCUUCACAUUUUGGUAAGAUCCUCCCAGACCUAUAAACAUGUUCAAUAUUUUCUCAAUGAUAAAUUUGGUUCAGACCAUUCAGGGCCUGCCCCACUUGCUUUCUUAGAUCACUUGAUUGAUACCACAAAAAGGUUUGAUUUUGAGUUGAAUUCCCGAGCUUUUAAUUACUUGUUGAAUGGUUAUGUUAGAUUCAAUAGGAUCGAUGAUGCCGUGGAUUGUUUUAAUGGAAUGAUUGAGCGCAAUGUAGUUCCUUGGGUUCCCUUUACGAAUAUUCUUUUAACAGCAUUGGUUAGGAGGAAUUUGAUGGAUAAAGCCAGGGAGUUGUAUGAGAAGAUGGUUUCCAUUGGAGUUGCAGGUGAUUGUUUUACAGUUUAUUUGAUGAUGCGUGCUUUCUUGAAAGAAGAGAAGCCUUUGGAAGCUGAGAAGUUUUUCAGGGAGGCCAAGGCUCAAGGGAUAGAACUUGAUGCUGCAGUUUAUAGUAUUGCGAUUCAGGCUGCUUGUCGGAAACCUGAUCUGAAUAUGGCUGGCGAGUUAUUGGGGGAAAUGAAGGAUAGGGGAUGGGUUCCUUCUGAGGGUACAUUUACAAUUGUUAUUGGGGCUUUUGUGAAACAGGGAAACUUGGCAGAGGCAUUGAGGCUCAAGGAUGAGAUGUUGAGUUCUGGGAAGCAGUUGAAUUUGGUGGUUGCGACUAGUUUAAUGAAGGGAUACUGCAAGCAAGGUGAUAUUGAUCAGGCUUUGAAUUUGUAUAACAAGAUUAAGGAGGAUGGGCUUGCGCCUAACCAGGUUACGUAUGCAGUUUUGAUUGAAGGGUGUUGUAAGAAUCAGAAUGUUAAAAAGGCGUAUGAACUUUAUGAAGAAAUGAAAAUCAUGGAUAUUCAACCUACUGUUUUUAAUGUGAAUUCCUUGAUUCGUGGAUUCUUAGAAGCUUCCUCACUGAAUGAGGCAUCUAAUUUGUUUGACGAGGCAAUUGAGUCUGGCAUUGCCAAUGUUUUUACAUAUAAUAUUUUCUUAAAUCAUUUCUCUAAGGAUGGUAAAGUGAAAGAAGCUUGCAGUUUAUGGCAGAGAAUGGUGGCUAAUGGUCAGGUACCUAGUAAUGUUUCUUAUAAUAACAUGAUUCUUGUCUACUGUAGAGCGGGGAAUAUGGAUAUGGCACAUACUGUAUUUUCAAAGAUGCUUGAACAGGGCCUUAAACCUAAUGCCAUCACAUAUUCAACAUUAAUUGAUGGGCAUUUCAGAAAAGGUGAUGCUGAACGGGCCUUAGACAUUUUUGAUGAAAUGAUAGGUGUGCAUAUUGUCCCCUCAGACUACACAUUCAACAUAAUGAUUAAUGGUUUGAGCAGAGUUGGUCGUACAUCUGAGACUAGGGAUAUGUUGAAGGUGUUUGUUGAAGGGGGUUUUGUCGCUACAUGUAUGACAUACAAUAGCAUCAUUAAUGGAUAUGUGAAGGAGGGUGCCAUGAACUCUGCCAUGGGAGUUUAUAAAGAAAUGCAUGAAAAUGGAAUUUCACCUAAUGUUGUAACGUACACUACCUUGGUGAAUGGAUUUUGCAAAAGCAAUAACAUGGAUCUUGCUCUGAAAAUGCAUCAUGAGAUGAAAAGAAAAGGUUUGCAAUUGGAUGUUACUGCAUUCAGUGCGCUCAUUGAAGGGUUCUGCAAGAAGCAAGACAUGGUCAGAGCAUGUGAACUUUUUUCUGAACUCCAACAAGUUGGGUUAUCUCCAAAUGAAUUUGUUUACAACAGCCUGAUUCGUGGGUUUAGGAAUGUAAAUAAUAUGGAAGCAGCUAAUGACUUGCACAAGAAAAUGAUAAAGGAGGGAGUUCCUUGUGAUAUACAAGUAUACACCACACUAAUGGAUGGAUUUUUGAGAGAGAGUAAAUUACACCUUGCAUCUAAUCUUUAUUCAGAGAUGCUGUCCAAGGGGAUUGUGCCUGAUAUGGUUACCUAUACUGUUCUGUUAAAUGGUCUUUGUAGUAAAGGACAUCUUGAGAAUGCUUACAAGGUUUUAGAAGAGAUGGAUAGAAAGGGCAUUACUCCUAACGUUCUUAUAUAUAAUGCUUUGAUUGCUGGAAACUUUAGGUACGGGAAUCUAGAAGAGGCUUUGAGAUUACAUAAUGAAAUGCUUGAUAGAGGUCUUGUACCUGAUGACGCUACUUAUGAUGUACUUGUAAAUGGAAAAGUCAAGGCCAAAGGUGAAGAUCUUUCUGGAGUUUCAAGCAAAGAGGAAGCCACCUGGUGUGGGGGCUUUGGUCGGUCUGGAGAUGCAAUUGUAUAGAUUGUUUUGGAUUUUGCUGUAGGUUCAUGGAUGGCUGCAUCAAACCUCCUGGGUCGUCUCAAGGUCAUUUGGGAUCGAUAUAGCAAGCAGCAAUCUUCUGAUGACUUGGUAAUAGUUCCUUCUCCUUGCAUGUUUCAUUCAGCUCUGAAAGCAAGGACAUAUGCUUCGGAGUUGUUUUGGGAAUUGUGAUGAGUUAACUUCUAGUCAAUGGAGAAAAAUUUAGGCAGGAAAGUGCAUGAAAUAAGUACUAGUCCGUUUGGUAGGGGAAGGUGAGUUGUGUGAUUUUAGGUGAGGCUGGGAUUUGGGGUUGGGAUAUAGUCAGAAAUUUAGACCUUUCGGCUGGUUAUCAAUUUUUCUUUCUCUUUCUCUUUCUUCAUACUCGUUAUUGAAUGUUUAUUUGCUAAUAAUACAGAGUUAGGGAAUAAUGAAGGCAGGUGAAGAAUUAAAGGCUUAUUAACUUAAACAAGUUAAAUUUACGUCUUUGGUGUGGUGUAAAUGUAAGAUGUAGUUACUUUGAUGAAUUUUUGUCAUUUUUUUUAAAUUCAAUCAUUCAAUCAUUUCUCCUUUCCAAAUAAAAA